UGCUAAGGAUAUUACACAUUAUCACUUCGAUCGCUUGCAAAUAUAAGACGACGCGGAAGUAAAUUGUGAAAUUUGUUAAAUGUAAACAAAUAUACUUAACUAACAACAUACGAAAAUAGUCAUGAAUAGAGGAUGUGAUUUAAAUUAUAAAUUAUGGCUACGUUUUUCACAUUUGGAAUUCUGCUUGCGUUUUCCAGGAGUGAAUGCUUUGAGUUAUCGGUCAAUCAAGACCCUAAUCCCGCAUAUGAACACGACCACGUCACACUGAGUGCACGUUACUCAGGAUUUGAGGAGAUCGAACAUCCGACUCGUGUUGUAUGGAGCAUAAUUUCACCUUUGCAUAGUGUCGGACGAAUACUUUUACCUGGGUGUACUGUAUUUGGCCCUAUUGAUAAUAGCGCGUACAACUUUACAUGUUCCGAAGACGAGUUUACAUGGACUAUUCUCAACGUCAGUCGGUCUCAACAGGGUCAGAUUUGGAGUUGUACUUUAGCCACUAACGUCAGCGCUGACCACGCAGAACUAGCCUUAAAACUGCACGUUGAAGUUUCAUCUGUGCAGUUAAUAAAGCCAGUAGAAAUUGAAGUAAGAGAAACGGAGAAAUCUAGAGUACUAUUUGAGUGUGUAUCAGAUGGACUUCCGGCUCCAACCAUUCGUUGGUUCAUGGAUAACAAAACACCAAACAACACUGACGAUGAGGAAGAGCUUAAGCUAAAUAGUUCAAGUAUAAUUAGCGAAAUCGUUCAAAAUGCAGAUAACACUUACCAUGUGAAGAGCCAACUUCAUUUUACUGUAGAUCGAAAAUAUGAUGGAAUGGAAAUCUAUUGUACUGCAAACAACACUGCACGUGUGUUAAUUUCGACAAGACGCCCCGUAAUUCGUGUCCAGUAUUCGCAAUUGUUCAUUGAAAAUCCUGUAAACUGUGGUGAACCUGCAAUUUUGAGAUGUAGAAGUUCUUCUGCAACAACAUCAAUCUGGAACUUUAAACUGAACGGCAAUUCAAUUGUCAGCAGCACCACUAUUGACUUUAAUACAGUGUACAGUGAAUCGACAGAUUUGGAUGGAACUAUUACGCUCGUAGUCCGUAAUACAAGUGUACACGAUCGGGGAAGCUACACCUGCCAAAUAUCUUCAUAUCCUGAGAGUCAACCCGUGGGACUGGAAUUUGAAUGUAAGCCUAAAGCGUUGGAAAUAAAUGUGACAGUUGAUGCAAAACUACACUUCGUGAUUGACAAUGUGUACCCUAUCCCAACGGAAUUGGUCGUUACAGUAUUCAGCCAGUUCAAAGAAGAAUUCACAUGCGGAUAUGUCUCUUGCAAGCAAAACAAUGAAGGAUAUCAUAAUUGCGUUUGGAAUUCAAACAGAUACUUUAGAAGGGGGACGUAUACUUAUGUUGUCAACAUGCAAUUCAUUACAAAGGCGGAUUCUUUAGCUGGAAGCUUCACCAUUGAUACAAAUUCCAGCAAUGAAAGUCUUACUUUGGAAACGUCUCAUAUGGUUCAAGACAGCGAACCAGAUAUAAAUUUAACAUGCACUUAUACCGGAAACCGAACUGUGUAUGUGGUAUCAUGGUAUCGUAACAGGGCUUUAGUAGGAGCUGUGUGUCCUAGCUGUGCAAUUCUGAUUCCCCCUCAUUUCGAUCGGUACCAGUUCAUAUGCCCGUCGACUUUUGAAACAGUUUUGUCUGUUGAACAGUUAAUACUUAAUCAAACUUUGGACAUGUGGAUGUGUCAAGUGGGCUUUGGAUUUGGCGAUGUUCUUGAAAGUAGUCCCGUGGAUAUACUUUUGAAAGGUCUAGUUACUGAAGGUCCCGAGCAACCAGUAAGCAUUUCUGAAAAGGUCAAGCUUAUUGGCGGAGUAAUUGGUGGAUUUGUGACCGGAUUGCUUGUUGGUAUUGCAUCCGUAUUUCUCGUUCACAAGAUGCGUCUAGUCGGAAAAUGCAUGGCUGAGAAAGAGACAACAGAUAUUCCGGCGAAAUUGGCUGCCGCUCAUCAACAAGAAUCACUGCCCUACGAAAAUGAUAAGGAGCAAGAUAUUAAAACUAAUCCAAGUGAAGGUGUCGUAUGUUAUCAAAACACAAUGGGUACAGCAGGAUCUGAUCAGUAUGUGAUCCGUUCUUUGAAUAACAUGUAUCCGCGGAGAGUGUUUUUUUCUUUUCAAACCCUCUACAUUUUUUUGUUCAGAUAAGGGUGUAACAGCCGUUUAUUCGUUUUUAGGACUGCUGGAAAUACUAAACCAUACGAAAGUUUGCAAGAACGUAACCAAGAAGAGUAUGAUGUCAUCCUGCAGUAUUAGAUGAAUGCUGUGUACUCAAACACUUCCAAGGAGACUGAAAUCGCAUAAAUGGACUGCUUGCUUAAUUCAUUUUGAUAUGACAUUAUCAUGGAUUGGAUAAUUAAAAACGAUUAAAAUCACUGAAAUUGAAGUUCAUCAAAAGUCGAAUGCAUAUUUUUGUCUCUAUGUUAUCACUGAGAUUAUUUUUGAUUACAUUCCAUCCUCAUAGAAUCUUGCCCUCUUGCUGGGCUUUUCGAUUUGUGUCAGUUGACGAGGAACAAAUGAUACGGGGGUUCUCUUAGAGUGCAUGUUUUGCUUUGGAGUCCACGUGUCAGAAGCACUUAUUUUAAUAAGAACCUUCUUCUUGCAGCAUAAAUCGUGCCAUAGUUUCAGCGUCUAAAAGCAAACAUAACACUUAUAUAAGUGACAAAUACAUUUUGCUAUGAUGAACGUGGUGGUUAUAAUAUGACAUUUGUCCCAUGUGCUGACAAGAAUAUUAGACUAAGGAACACAAUUAAAAGAUCAUAACAUACCUCGCCAAGUCUGACAACAAAUAGCCCUAAGAUCAAGAUUCCGAGCAAAGAGUUGCAGAUCGCAAACAGGUAGCGGAAGACGAGUUGAGAAUCGUCAAUAGUCAGGAAACCAAAAAUCCACGUCAGACCUGCAGAAGUUGAUUACUUAAUUAACUUUUCAAUGACGCUAUGUUAAGCCAUGAUUUGAAUAGAUGAAUGAAAUAAAUUG